UUCCAAACCAAAUGGUUGAAAUUUGUCAAGUGUUAUUCCACCUUUUUGACUGUAAUCAACCCCGGUAUGAAAAAGAAACACACCCAGAAAAAAUCUGAGUACUGGUUACUACUACUACAACAUAGUACAUACCACUGAAAGCCUUGUAUUGGUCAUGUUAUGAUAUCAAACAAGAUAACCAACCAAUUUGUGUCCACCAAAAACCCUCAAUUUCUCACCCUCUCGACAUGGGAGAAAAGGAGAAGAAAAACAAGAACAAGAAGCAAAAACACCAACACCCCAAUGACCAAACCACCAAGCACAAUUCAGAUUUUUCCUUCAAGCCAAGCUCAGAGGUAAAGGGUAUCAGAUUUGGAGGGCAGUUCAUAGUGAAAUCAUUCACAAUCCGAAGAGCAAGGCCUCUAGAGCUUCUAAAAGUGUUGUCUUUUCCACCAACCAACACCACCAACAAACCAAAGGACAAGCUUCCUUUCCCUUCAACCACAGCAUUCUUGCCCACAAACUUCACCAUUUUGGCACAUCAUGCGUGGCACACUCUCACACUUGGCCUUGGCACCAAGAAGUCCAAGGUGCUUCUCUUUGUGUUUGAAACUGAAGCCAUGAAGGGUGCAGUGGAUCGAAUAUGGCCACCAGAAAUAGCACUUGGUGAUGUGAACAAAAGGCUCAUAAGGGGUCUCAAUGGUUGUGAAAUGGCGAGGUUCAAGUUCAGAAAAGGUUGCAUAACUUUCUAUGUCUAUGCUGUAAGGCAAGUUGGAAGCUUUGGCUUUUCCUAUGCUGAAGAUCUGAGGACUAUUCUGCAAUCUGUUGUGGAGCUCAAAGAUUUCUUGGAUCACACUGCUAUGCUUUCCAUGCCACACCAAAGAAGCAUCAGUUACUCACAGCCUCAGGUAGCCAUGGCUCAUUAGGCUAAGCUGUGAAUCAAUCAUCAUCAGUUUUUAUAUGAUAUAUGUGUCUAAGUGCUUCUUCUUCUUCUCAUUAACAUCAUCUUAAUCAUCAUCAUCAUUCUUAGGAUCUUAAUUAGAAAUAUUUUGGCUUAAUUUGUUAACUUGUUUCUUAGUCUUUGGAAUUUUGGGAGGCUUAUUAUUGGUUUAUUUGUUGAUGAUCUUGUUUGAUCUGUAUUUUCUUUUGAAUUUGGGGAAAAAGAAAGUGUAAUGUAGCAUGAAUAAUUGGGCAUUGAAUCUAAGGUUAUACUGUGAAUGAUUGAAUCAAGGUUGCAUUUGUCCUUUUUGUUGACAACUGCUUAUACAAAUUUGUCAAGGGGGCGCAAAAUUAGGCUUAGUAGUUAAUUCUUCUUUUGUUCUUUUUACUGGCUAAAAUCUUAAGCUACUCCGAGCAGGCAUAUUUUCUACCACUAGCCACUCCAAUUGUUGACAUUAGAAGAAUACAU